GUUUCCUAAAGCAACAAAUAAAGAACUUGAUUACUCUGGAAGUACUUUUGUCAUGGAGGAUUUAGAGAUAGGAGAAAUGAGAAAAGGAAUUGAUGGUUUUGAUGUUGAAGCAGGAGCUCUGGAGUUUGGGAAAAGUCAAGUACUGGAAAAUGCAGUUUACCAAAUAAAAUCAGAAUGACAGAAGUAGGUUGGGAUGGUAAAAGAACUUGCAAGGAUGUGGGUGAAAUCAUUACUCAGCUGGGGUAAGGGAUAAAAUUACAUGUGGUUGUGCAGAGGCCUGCUUUUUUUGUGGCUAAGAAAGAAACACGGGAAAGUAAUCAGUAAAAGUGGUCUUCGUGAUGAUCGGCUUAAAAAAAGGGGGAAUGAAAUGUGGGGAUCUUCCUGUGAUUGUGAAUGGAAAACAGGAAUCCUUGCAAGAAUUAAUGAGAGAAGGGGUAGGGAAACCUUGAAGAUGAUAACUAAUAAUGUCUUCAUUUUAUACCACAAUAAUUCUCAUUAACGGAAAGUUUAAAAAUUUGUUACAAAUCUGAGAUGAAGUAUAGGAAGACCUAGUGGAUAAGAGGGAUUAGAGAAAUAGCUUGGAGUGCUAAUUGCUGGUGCUAGGUUGAGCUUGAAACACUUAUCUGAACUCCCACAGACAAAGCCUAUAAACUUCAAUGGAAGGAAUGGAGAAUAUGCAUCACAUAGUCUUCCAGAUGACCUGGUCAUUGUGUUUGUUCUUUGCGGGCACAUUGCAUUUAACAUCAUCCUUCCAUAAAUGAUUAGGCUACAGGUAGCAAAGAGGCCUAGAGUUUUGAACAAAGUGGAAACUUAAGUCUCCUCUAUGAAUCACUCUGCUGGGCUUUUCACAACCUGUGCAGUCAAAUAUCAUUUACAUUUUCUAAGUACAUUUACAUAAACAGUAAAUUUAUUUGAAUACAUCCCAAGUCAUAACUAUUUAAAAAAAAUAUUUACUCUAACUUUAAAGUGUUUUAUUUUGGAAUAUCCCUGGACAAUGUGGGAUCUCAUCUGAUUUCCACUGUUAUGUUCCCUAUUUAUGUUAAGUAGUUUAGCCAUAAGCCUAUUUAAAACUAAUGAAGAAGGUAUAUAAGUCACGAAACAGCCGUCACAUUUAGAACCUUUUCAAAAUGCAUUGCCAUCUCUGGAACCUGUCUCUGCAUCAUUACAUGUUUAAGUGUCCAUAAAAAGCUUUAAUGAAGUUUGCUCAUUGGAUUAAAAUCAUUCAACAAUUUCAAUAAAGAAACUGGAUGACCUAUACUUAGCUCUCGCUGAACCAGAAACUACAGCUCCACUGACUGUUAAAUCACGGGUGCAUAAACGCCGGCUGGUAUAGGUGCGCAUCACUUCCAGAUUGAACAGUCCUGCAAGAUGCUAGAGAUAAACCUGGUAAUAUUCCUUGGUAACAAUGGGUCAAGUACUUUUGAGCAGGGUGGUCGAUAGUAUCAGGCACUGUCUAUCUCCUCUGCAUCAUGAUGUUCCCAUACACAAAAGGUCAGGGGUUGGAAUGGUGAAACCUCUAUGCGCAACGAUAAAACAACAAAAAAACUCCUAAAUGUUAUUUUUUUUUAAAAAGGCUCAUAAUCUCCUCAGCCUACAUUGUACUUUACCGGUCAAUAUCGUUUCCUAAAAACAGAAAACGUUACACUAAGAAGCGUCAGAAAGAAACCAAUACAGACAAUACUUAAAAAUGUUCAGACUUAAACUUUCAAGGCUUUGAACCGGCGAACCAAUGGGCUCUGCCCUGCGGCGUGACGUAGAUAAGCGCGCAGGUGCAUUGUCUCCUCGCGCGGUUUUUAGGCCAUAACGGCCGUUUGCGACGUCGAGUUGGCACGAAGCGUUCGCUGAGUUUGGGAAUCUCUCGGUUUAUCAGAUCCCGCGACGUUCACUUCUGAAGAUGUCCACUGAAAGUCCCUGGCAUAAGGGUUUAGGAGAACCUAGUUUUGCUCAGAUUUUAAAGAAGAACAUACCUCCUAAACCUGAACAAAUGUUAAAUGUAACAUGCACACCGCAAGGUGAAGGUGCUGAAGAUUUAGAGGCAGGUGUAUCCAGAGUCAUUCAAAUUUCAGGUCAGUAUCCAAAGUCACAAUUUGCUGACUAUCCUAAAUCACUCCCAAACAGUGCAUUGCCACCUAAGAAGGUUUCUAGGGAAUUUAUUGAUAAAUACAGACGUGGUGACAUCAACCCAGUUUCAGCUUUACAUCAAUAUGCACAGAUGUUACGAGUACAACUAAUUUUAAAAGAAACAGUAGCAGCAGGCAACAUAUUUGGACAGUACUUUGCAUUCUGUGCUGUGGUUGAUGGUGUUGAAUAUAGAACUGGAAUGGGCCAGAAUAAGAAAGAAGCAAAAGCCAAUGCUGCACAAUUAGCUCUUGAUGAACUUCUGGCCACAGAACUGAAUAAAACUUCAACUUCGAAUUCUGCUGCAGUACCUGGUGAACGAAGUCUGUCUUCAAGAAAUCGCCUAUCAAAGCUGGAUUAUGAGGGAAGAAAUUUGUAUUACAAAGCAGUUUCCAUAGCCUGCAGAGAAGUUUUUGACAAGCUGACUGCUAACCUGCCUGAAUAUCAGAAUUGCAGUAGUUCUUUGGCUGCUUUUGUUGUUGAAAGAUAUGGACAGCCUUAUGAAGUUAUUGCAAUUGGAACAGGAGAGAAGAACUGUAAUGAUCCCUUAUGUUCUGAAGGCCGAAUUGUUCAUGAUUCCCAUGCUGUUGUCACUGCAAGACGCUCACUAUUGAGAUAUCUCUACAGGCAUCUCCUUAUGUUCUACAACAAAAAUCCUGAUGUGGUGAGCCAGUCCAUUUUUUGCAUUGAUUCUGGACGAAAAGUUCUCACUGUUAAGGAUCAUACAAACUUCCACCUUUAUUUGAAUCAACUGCCAAAAGGGUCUGCUCAGAUUAAACAGCUGCACUUGGCUCCUCAUUCAAUAUCUACAUACCAUACGAACAAAGAAAUGGAACUUCAUGUUAUUUGGGAUGGAAAAGUGUACUCAGUUAGUCAUUGCAGUUCUGAAGUAACUGGUUCCAGAAUGUGUAGCAUGUCUGCCAGUGACAAACUUAUUCGUUGGGAGGUUCUUGGAAUUCAGGGGGCACUGCUUAGUCAUUUUAUUGAACCCAUUUAUAUUAGCAGCAUUCUUAUUGGUGAUGCAAACUGUUUAGACACACGAGGUGUGGAGGUUGCAAUUAAACAGCGCAUUGAUGAUUCACUGACAUCAAAGCUCCCAGAUUUCUAUAUUGUCAGCAAACCACAUAUAAGCCUUACGGAGACUGCUUAUCCCCACCAGUCAGAUGUCGUUUGUAAAUCUCUCAGUCUAAAUUGGUCUCAAUCAGAUGGGUUAAUAGAGGUGGUGAAUGGUACAACGGGAAAGAUCGCUGAAAGUUCGCCAUUUAAAAGUGGUACCUCCAUGACCAGUCGAUUAUGCAAAGCAGCCAUGCUCAGUCGCUUUUAUCUUGUUGCUAAAGAAGCAAAUCGAGAAGAUCUGACUGCAGUUCCAACAUAUCAUGCAGCAAAGGUGAUGGCAAAAUCAUAUCAAGAAGCUAAAGGUUUACUGAAAUCAUCAUUAGCGCACCAUGGUUUUGGUACCUGGCUGGCCAAGAGUCCAAAUGCAGAAAUGUUCCAUACGCAGUGAUAAGGCAUGCUGAGGCAAAGCCUUGAUUGCAAACUCUAAUACAGUCUCUUUAUCAUCAGGGUACUGUUUACUCUCAUUUAGAAGAGAUUCAGGUAGAUCUUUUGUGAAAUAAUGGGCAAAGAACAUAUUAAAAAUUCAUUAUAUCACAUGCUUGAAUUCCCCGGACCAUGCAUUUAAUCAUAUAACAACUUUGGUAGCUAAAUCAAUUUCUUUGGAUUUGUCAACUUUUAUCAAUACACAUAUUCCUUUUAGUCUAGUUGCUGCUUUUCAAAGGCAGACUGAUAAGCUAUACAAUUUCAUUACUAAUGGUUCCUGUAAUACAGCCAUAGUAGAAACGUAAUACUAUGGUAGAUAUUGUGGGAAAUUUUAUUGUUUCAUUGUCUGUGAAAUAGAGUAUUCAUUCAUAUACAAUGUUAGUUGGUUCACUGUUACAGCAUUUGAGUAGUUAUUAGAGGUACGUAACUAAUAAUUAGAACUUUAAUCUACACAGGCAUUCAAUUGCUUGAACAAUUGUGCAGUUUGCAUCUGACCAAUUCUGUAUGUAAUAUGAUUAUGUUAGAAAAUGUAUGUGAUUUUUUUUAUGCUAUGGAGUUAAAUGUGAAGUUAUUUUUUCCAUAAUGUAACAUGUAUAAUGGAUAGCUUUUUGAUUUUAAAUAAGUCUUCAAAGUAAACCUAGUUAGCUUUAUUAAAAUGUUGACCAAGUUCACCAAAUGCGUAUUUGACUAUGCUCAUACUGUGGUGUAGAAACUGACUUCGUAUAGGCACUGUCAAGGUGAUAACAUCGUGACAAGUCAUUCCUUAUAUAGAGAGUAGUUAGAACUAAAUACAGAUCCUGUCACUACAUUCAGUCUGGUGUACAGUUUUUCACUUUUUCUUCCUUUUGUUGAUGUAUCUUCUCUCCACAGCUACAUUCAAAAGUGAAAUAGAAUGCAGCAAUGAUGAUAUGAAAAUGCAACUUCAAGAUAUGCUUUUGUGUUAAAAUUACUAUCGAAUGUACAUGAUGAGAUGUUUUCAGGACUGCAGUAAGUUAUCACUGUAAGGAUGUGAUAUUUCUUGCUCCAGUCCAGUAAAGACUGAUAUGACUCAUUUUGGAUCACCAUUGCUUGUUGUGCACUUUUGAAAAACAUUUAUUUAGAAUAUAAUUAAAUCUGUACAAAAUACCAAAUAUUCUACAUUUUUGUGAAAUCAUCCAUGUAUUAAAACAAGAUUAAUGGCAUUAAUAUUUGUAAUAAUGUCAAUAGCUGCAAUGCCCUUAUGACAUGAAUGUUCUGGAUUAUGAUUCUUGGUCUCAGUUUGAAUUGGCUGCCAGGAAAGAUGUUCCUGACUUUUCCUUCCACAGUAGAAAGAUACAGUUUCUAAUUUAUCUGCUUAACUGUAAUUUGAAUGAGGAAUUAGAUUAUCUGCCAUCAUACUAAAGAUUUGCUGAAAUUUUUCA